AUGGAUAAGCAGUCUCGUUUAAAUUAGGAACAGAUUCUGUAAUGUAUCAGGAAUCAUAGAGAUUUGAAUGAAAUCCUGACAAAAUAAAAAGAUCAUAGUUCACAAGAAUUAUUUGAUGACAUUGACAAAGCAACCAUGAACCAAUCUAACGAAAGUAAGUAAAGCUAAGAGAGCAACUCGAAUAGUGAUAAAAUAGAUAGGGCCAUAUAGAUGUUCACAGGUAAAGCCAAUAAGCAUGAAAUAUCAAUAGAACCUAAAGUUAUAUUAUAUGCAAAAUAGGAUAGUUUGUCAUAGGACCAGAUGAUGGAGCAAAUUUCUGAAGUUUUUAAUAAUAAAUCGUUCGACUAAAAAGUGGGUUCGAAUCUAUCCACCGAGAUCUCAAAUGAGCCUUGUUUGUAAUUGGGAUCAUCCUGCUAAUCCUUGUUUACGAGUGGUUCAGAAACCGAACGAAGGAAGAGGAAAACCAUAUCGGAAGAGGAAUCACAUUACUUUGUGGUAAAGAUUGACAGAGUUAUGAAUUAAACAGAUGAAAGAACAACGAUAAUGAUAAAAAACAUUCCUAAUAAAUAUACAGUGCAAAUGCUUUAAGAUUUAAUUGAUCAUAGACACGACAAUUAUUAUGACUUCCUCUAUCUCCCAAUAGACUUUAAGGUAUUUCAAUUAGAUUACUAUCCCUUAGAAUAAGUGCAAUAUGGGGUAUGCAUUCAUAAACUUUGUACAUCCAUAUUACAUAAUUUAAUUUUAUAAAGAUUUCCACGAUAAUGGAUGGCCUCAUUUUAACAGCGAGAAAGUAAAUUUGACAAAUAUUAGCAAUAGAUAUGUGAAUUACGAUAUGCCAGAAUUUAGGGACGCUAAGCUUUAGUGUAGCAUUUCCAAUUUUCAAGUGUGAUGAACUAAAAGGUUAUACGCAAUUCAAUUAUUGUAGGAUAAGAAACUCAAACCAGUAAUAGUGCCUUAAAGUGAAUUAUCAAGGAUUCACCAAUUAAUUUAAGUAAAUCACUAAAACUAUCAUUUAAGCGAUAAAAAUAAUGAUGC